UUUCCGCAACGGAUGUAUAGUGAUAGCAAGUUUUGAUGGCUACGAUGUUAUUCCUUCGUGUUGAAAAAAUAUAUAACCUAACAUAUUAGUGGAUGAUUAUUUGUUUUUCUGCGUGGUGAAACAUUGUCGCAGAAGUUAGCUCGCUUUAACCUGUGUGUACCUUGCCCUACAACCAACAAUACUCGUGUCGUUGAUCCUGCGUGUUUCAGUGACUUGGAACAUCAGUUAUUAAGGGUGUGGCCGUCCUCGGUGGGGCCGCGAGCCGCACACUGAGCGAGCAGGCCGUGUGUUACUGUGAGUGGCGGCGACUCACGGUUCGGCACUCCUGGUGGAGGGGUGAAUAUCGCCAGAGUCGCCCAGCACCUUUCCUUCGGUCGUGACUCGCCCUCCCCUGUGUUUAGUGUUGGACUGGCCUUCACCUUCUGUCAAGCUGUCCCUCGACCUCCACGUAACCCGUCUCGUCGAAGUAGUACUACAGCGCAGUGUGUUUAGUUGCCUGUGGCGGCCUCUAGUAUAUAAUUAUCCGUUGAUACUCUGCCUGCAAGAGUAUUACAUCGGUGUAUCGUGUUAGUGAAUGUGGUACGUGUUGUGGAUGAGCGCGCGGCGCCCAGGGCGGCGGGAAGGAAGUCGGGCGUGGCCCUCCGUGAUGGCCCGUGACACCCCCAGCGGCACCUCUGGACGGGCAACGAAGGGACUCCAGGGAUAAGUUUCCCGUCCCGCUCGCUUCCUUCCGUUGACCUCCCGUCCCCGCCCACCCGCCGCCGCUUCCCUCACCAUGAAUAAAGAUGGAGAUAACGCCCCCGCCUCUCCCUCCAGGGGGAAGAUGCCUGCCGUCAGCUUCGGCACAGCGGCCUUCAUCCUCAUCCGCGUCAAGAGAGCUUUCAAAAAGAAGAGGGCAAAGCUUAAAAGCUUCCCCGACCUGCCAGAGAAAGAUGAAGAGCUGGAGCAAGAGAGCUCGGUGAAGGAGGGCGGCGUGGUCGUGUCUCGCCCGCCACUGGUCAGGAGCCGCACCCUCCCCGCCAUCGUCGUGCCCGGGGUGACCGUCCUGCAGACCGCCUUGGACUCCGUGGACCGCCGAGAUGCUGGAGGCACGAGUCGUCACCAGGUGGUCCCGGCAGAGUCCACGGUCCGCCCACUGCUUACUGUCACCACCUUUGACUCCGGCGGGAACGAGCGGAGCAGCCCCGGCCGCCUCUCACUGGGGGACAACGAGGGCCUGGCCAUGUCCCCAAGCAGCGGCGGCGGAUCCCCCGGCAGUCUCAAGGUGCCCGGGGCCGUGGCGUCCACUACGGGCGGCCUGGGCAGGAUCGCAAGGUUGCUGGUGAAAGACACGUCUCGCAGCGGAGAGGAGUCCUACAGGAGGCGGACCCACUCCCUGGAGAGCAAGAACGGGGCGCCUCCUCUCCGCCGCGCCACCAGCAUAGACUCGCUGGUGGAUGCGAGCGUCGUCAGCGCCUCCAGCAGCGGCCACCAAGCCAAGGCCUCGGUGCUCAACAUGACCAAGUCCAACGGCCACCUCCGCUCCUACCUGCCCGUCUCCCCGGCCCUCUACAAACGACCCAGCUUCAAGUUCGACAAAACCUCGACGUCUACAGCUCUGUCAACCAUGGACGACGUGCUGGUGGACGGACUCAACCCCAGCAAGGCGGACCGCAAGAAGCUGGAGAAGAUCAACAUCCACUUGCACGCUCUCUUCGCGGCGGUGGAACACGGACAGCUCGAGAAAGCCAAGAACAUCCUCGACCACAACGCGGCACAGCUGGACAUCAACAGCGUCAACAAGGAUGGCUCCAACGUACUGGAAGUGGCGGUCAUGAACAAGCACGUGGCCCUGGCCAAGAUGCUGCAGCAGGCCGGCGCCACGGAGAGCAACGCAGGGACCAUUGAGCAGCGCAUCCACCACCUCAAUGACCUGGUGGCCACUGCCGAGCGCCGCCGGGAAGAGCUGGACUCCAAGCUGUGUGGGGGAGCAGCACACAGCCGGGAGACAGAGCGGCAGCGGAACUUGUGGGACAGGCGGGCGGAGAUGCUGCGGAAGAUGCGGAACGGCUUGGAGCAGAUGAAGGUGCCCGGCCCUCCCAGCCGCGCCACGGUGGAGGUCAUCGACAGCACCAGAGUGAGAGUCACCUUCAAGGAACCCGAGGCGGAAAACUUUGCGAUAACAACAAAAUACAAAGUGGAAUGGAGUUUAGACGAGUGGGCCACGGUCACCGGAUGUCUCGAGAUCCACAACCUUCGGCGGAUGACGGUGUUCGUGGACGGCCUGGCGCAGGGCAAGAGGCACCACUUCCGAGUGCUGGCCGGCAACAUGAAGGGCUACGGAGCACCCCUCACCUCCACCCCCCCAGCGGCCAUACCCUCCAGUUGGAGAGACACAGACUCACAAAAACCUCGGCUGGACGGUCAGGUCGGGGAACUCGAUGACCUCUUCAACCAGGUCUGCAACUCCCGGCCCCAGCACGCGGCAGAGAUCAAGGCGAUAGAGCCGGGCCAGGAGACGCCGCUCAACCUCAGAAAGGCACAGAAGAAGAAGAGCAUAAAGAACCUUUUCACGCCAGCGCCCAAGUUCCACAGAAAUCUUAAGAAGGGUUCCUACUUGGCAUGCAUCGUUUACUGCGAAGACAAGGUGCUGGUUACGACUGAAGAGUUUCCGCCUGUGGUUGAGGUUGAUGACGACUACAUGGGACAGGCGAAAUCGCACUUCCAUUGGUUGCUAAAGGUUGCUACCACAUGGGAGGACGUCAAAUCCCUUCGUCAGGACAUGGACCGCGCCGGCUCAGCCUCCAACGUCCCCUUCAGGAUAAAGCUGCUCCAGGCUGCUGCCAACAUGCAGACGACCCUGGGCAUUCAAGACUUGGGGCAGUUUUACCACAGGCCAAUCAUGGGCAGCAAUGGCACGCUGGUCUUCUGUACGACUCGGCACGUGAAGAGCACCAAAGUCAUCUCUGCCAUGAACGUCAAGUGGAUCCCCCUCUCAAAGCUGAAGGAGAAGAAAAGUGUGACGACUGGUCAAACAUCGACGCAAGGGGAGACUGGAAGCUCUGCAGGUGACCUCCUCCUGGCUUCACUGCAAGACCAGAUUCUUUACGACCAAGUGAGCCGCGUCCCGCUGCGCCGAGGGCUGUACCUGGGCUACCUCAAGCUGCAGAGCUCCGUGGAUGUCCUGCAGGUGUCCGUGCCCGAGAAGACGCCCAACAUGUUUCCUCACGUUAAGAUAAGGGACAACCCACACGUCUCAAUGGAGGAGUGGGAGUGGGUGCAGCAGCUGGAGAGCUCCAGCACGGAACAAUGGCUCUCCAGUUCUGGGGCGGAGUCUGAUGAGAGUGAGGGCCGGCCCAGCUCCCCUUCCUCGGCCCAGCUGGUGUGGCACUCACAGCUUUGCAAUGCAGUGCAGCAGUUGCUAAAUCAGCUGGAGGUUGAUGAAGAAGCUCAAAAACAACAUAGACUUUACUGUGGGGAAGUGUUGGAGCUGAGCCCAGACGUGUCACUCCUGCUGAUCAUGCCGCCGGUGGAGGCAGUGUGCUCCGCCCCCGGCCAGGAAGACGUCCUGCUGUCCCAGCCUUCCCUGACAACGCUGCCCCUGCAGAUCUUUGAAAUGAUCCACAUGGGAACAUAUCAGAAGGAGCUAAUAGGGAGGUAUGCCCGCCUCUCCUACAUCCUGGAGAUGGACACACUGAUGGCCCAACAUGCCAGCAGGGAGGCAUUCAGUAAAGAGGAAAUCAACUGCUCAAGGUCACGGCUGUGGCAGCUCCAGACCUUCCAGGAGCAGCUGGACGUCACGUGGCGGGGCCUGCGCUGGGUGAUGGAUGCCAUAAGCUAUGCCCGGGACAAGGCUGCCUCCGGGGCCCUGGUGACCAACCUCCUGUCCUGCUCCUUCUCCCCUUCCAACCACCACGCGGCAGCCCAGCAGUCUGCCGCACACAUUCCUGCGGCCACCACGCCCAUACAAGACACACACAGUUCUAGUGAGUCCCUCCAGCAUGGUGCAGACAGUAAAAGGCUAAGAAAAGACGACGAUCUAAAUUUCAGUGUAAAGAAAUCGGACGCGCCGAGAAUGUUGAAAUCCAACACGUCUGAAAACAUCCGAGCUGCGGUGAAGUGCGAGGCGAGGUUUCACAAAUCCAAAACGACUGAGUGUCUUGUUCACAGCAGCGGGUGUGUGCAGAGCUGUGGCAAGUCCUAUAACUCCCUCAAUGACUGCAUGAUAGACAGCGGGGAGCAGAACGAAAAUGUCCCCCUCUUGACGUGGACUCGUGAGAAAAUGGAGUUCAGUGGUGACGGGAAGCUGUACAGUAAAGACUUCCCCACAUCGAGGAGUGAGAACCACCUGCAGCACUGUGUGGAGCUAGGCUACCCCCCGAGGAAGGCCAGUGCCCCUCCCUUCUACGAUAGUCACGAGGGAUGCUUGAAGUCAAUGUGUUGCAACAGUGAACCAAAAAUAAACCAGAGCAUUUCCUCCUAUGAGUGUGUGGAGCAAGGGAAGAGGAAAAAAAACAGCUGUACGGAGAUAGAGUACGAGGACGCGAUGGCGAGUGGGAAGUCACCGACCAGUAGUUGUUUUGACUUGCAACGAUACGGCAGUAACCUUAACGUAGAGAUGCAGAGAGCGGGGAGCAGCCUCAGCCAUGACUCAGAGGCCUCGUUCUCGAGUAUGACCGCUAGUUUAAGGUCGCUGUCAUCGAAUGAAACUGAAACGGACACCCUCAGCCUCAUGUGCUCGGAGAGUGGUCGUAGUGAGAGUAAGAGCACAGAGGGCGAGGAGGUCAGUGAGGGCGGGGCGGCCCGGAACGAGGACUGCACGAUAAUACGGGUGUACGCCGCGUAUCAGACUGGCAUGGCAUCCGGGACCUCUGUCAAGAUACACAUCACGCCCAGAACGACGGCAAGGGAGGUGAUAGACCUGGUGGUGAAGCAGUUGAACGUUGCCGUUGUUCUGAAAGGCAAAAGUGGACCUACUUAUGGUAACGAGAAGCUCAAGGAUUUCUGUUUGGUGGCUGUGAUCGGCAUGCGCGAGCGGUGUUUGCGUGAGGACUUCCGGCCCCUCCAGCUCCAAAACCCCUGGAAGCGCGGAAAGCUGUACGUCCGUAUGAAGCAGGAUGUGCUGGCCGCCCUGGAGCAGAGCAACUCCCGACACUCGGCUUAUCUGUAAUAUCAACCUUCAUUGUACAUUUCACAUCACGCAUAAUCACACUAUAUUUCAUAUUGUUGUUCGAGAAAAAAAUUGUAUAUAUAUGAAUGUAUAAAGAUGAAAUUUUAGCUAUGUUCUGUACAAUAGUUUCCAUGCACAUUAAAUAUAGCUAAAGAGAAAAUAUUGCAGUAUUGGAAUACCCAUUUUGCAAGGUAAGUCUAGCAUUUUCUAUGGAGAGUGAUGGAAGCGUCACAGCUCUUUGGUGCAUAUUUAUACCGUGGUGUUUCUUAAAGGAUCACAAGGAAUAGCUGCCAAAAUCCAUCCUAAACACACAUUACUGGGAGGAGACGAAGGUCCCGGCUAUGAGUGCAUAGUUCCUGCUCAAGCGAUCUGUUAUGUGUCCCAUCUGAGGCAUUCCAAACCAUUAAGUACGUUUAUGAGUUCACGUUUUGUAACUUAUUUUUCUCACCAGAAUUUGUAUGUGCUAUUACACGUAUAUCUCGGUGUGCGUCACACUCGCUGUUUUGUUCAGAGAAUGUCUGUGUUGUGCAGCAUCGGAGUUUAUUCACUUGUUGUCCACACACAUUUUUCAUCAGUCUAAUGGAUAUUUUAGUCGGAACAUAGAGACUUUAUUAAAGCCCCUUAACAUUGCACAAAAGUAUACAAUGAUAUUUGCUUUCCAUCAACCAGAACCCAAAAUUAUAACAGGCCUUUAGUAUCUUCCACCAAAGCUGUGAUGAAGGUCUUCUGGCAGCGUGUGUGGUCAGCCAGGGUGACAUGACCUGCUGACCUGGCCGUGCAGGGUUGGGCUGACCUGGUGUGGCUGGGCUAAAGAAACGUGAAAUAGUGUGAAGACAACACUAGCAUUCCUUAGUGCAUAUUCCCAAAUAUUUUUUUCUAAAUAUAUUAACAGAUUUAUAUGUUAUAAUGGUUGUUACAUAAAUUAUAAUUUAAAAAUUUAAACUGGAGUUGAAAUAGUCAAGGUUUUGACAGAGUUUGCAUAACACUGCUGCCUUAUCAGCCAAAGGGCUCCUGCCAGUAUGAUUAUUGUCAUAAGGUUCUUUCCCAUAGAGACAAUAACACUUCAGACUCCAUGCAGUGUAGUAGUAACAGUGUGCGUAAAACACCUUCUAGACAUAUCAUCCACCCUCUCCGUGGUCCCAGACUGAAGCGUGAGCCUCACAGAGUGUUCAUGUUUAUCUAUUACUGUCUGCCUGUCUAUCAUAUACUUUCUGUGACUGGGCCAAACAGAAGCUCUAACGAAGACACUCAAACUGUGACUCACUGUAACUCUUCAAGCCAGACUAAGCAAUCAUGUAUGUUAAUUAUGUAUUUAUAUUUUGUCUGUGAUUUGUAAGUUAUAGUUCAUUUUUCUUACCCUGAGUGGAUCCACCAGCAAUCAUAUUAUUGUGUGACUGAGAUAUGGUUGUUUAUUUGUGCAAUACUGUUUUAUAAUACAGCACUCAUUCCUUGACAUCACACCAAUUACUGUGUUAACUAUGAAAAUUGUGCUAUGUAUCUAUGUACACACGGUCUCACACACACUAACAUAUAUUCUGAAAGCAACAGUUCCCAUCAUCAGAGUUGAAACAUAAGAACAAGGGAAUGUAUCUGUGACCCUUUCAAACAGAUACACCUCAGGGUUCCAUGCAGCCCUGUCCUAGUGGAGUAACAUUCUGCAGUUUCCUAUACACACUGAUAAGGUCAAACAAUCAUACUUAAAACAAAUUAAAGAUACAGUAAAAAGAACAGGAGGAAACUUAUUGCAGAAAACGAGCCCAGUGAAAUACUGUCUUGCUCUUUACAAUGAAUCAGCUAUUGCUCAUAUUUCACUUCUCAGUCUCCUCCUGGCCACUCCACAAGCAUGUCAGGGUAGCAUCGAUACAUACCCUCACUCAUCCUGUCUCCCUAUAGAUCACUGAUUCCUGUUGUCUUACCAAUUUCAAGCUUCUUAAUGUCUAUAUUAACUUAAUUCAUGUCUCCAUCUGACAUUUCCUACCACUACAGCACUCCCUUGUAGCCUCCCGUCUGGUUCAUCCAUUCAGAAGGUGACGUUGAUGCAGGGUGGACUGAGAAUUGACUUGGUAUACUGUUAGGCAGCACAAAAAUGUAACAGAGCAAGGGAGGGAGAAUUUUUACAGUUUUGUACUUGGAAAAUGUUCUUAUUACCAUUAUGACUCAGUAAAACGGUACAUCAGUUAGUAAAUUACUGCUAAAAUCGUGAGGCCUCAUAAAAAUAUACAUAUACCACUUGAAUUUAAUGUUUUAUGAAAUUUUAAGACUACUUUCAAUGUUGUUCAGAUGUAGGGAAGAUUAGAUGUGAGGUUGGUCCUAUCCUUCAACAGUUUAGGCAAAGAUCUUCAAAAUGUACAUCCUCAGAUACAUAGUUUGUUUUAUUAUAUAUGAAUGGGAGGCCUUUUUUUGCUAGUGUAACAAGUGCUUCCUGAUGGGGGAUUGAAUGGUGGACCAGCAUAGUUUGUUUUGAUCAUCUUCAGCAUAACUAUUGGCACCUUUUUCAUCAUACUGUGCAAUUCUCUGUCAGAUAUUCCUUUUUCUGAAUUUUUGUAUAGUAUGUACUUUGGCUAUCCAUCAAUAACCAAGAAAUUGACCUUCAGAAGAUUGAGGUUCACCGUCUUAACUAAAUUUUCCUUCUUCUCCCUCAGAUAAGUGUAUCACAUAUGUAGCUACUUAAAUUUACUAAAGAGCACAUCACAAGGGCCUUACUGAUGUUACGUCAUUACCUUGUGUUCAGCGGCACAUCACUUACUUCUCUGCUGACUGCCAACCUUACCUUUCCCAAAUUAUCUUGCACUGAUACAUAUAUUUCCAGUUGCUUCAGUUUUUUUUCUGUUUUAUGAUAUAUUUUCUAUUUUCUUCCUUGCCUUGAACGUCUGUAAUUGUGAUGUCGAGUGAUGCAGAUGCUGGCAGGUGUUGAGCAGGGCUUGAGGGUGAGCUUAACUCUGUGUGAAGGAAAAUGCCAAUAAGAGAAAGAAAAUAAAUGUUUCAAUACUGGCUGAGAAGGAAAAGAGACUGGCAGGAGAAACUUGAGCUACAAGGCAGAACCAGCUACAUAGGUGCUUUAUGAUGACCAGUGUGUUAUCCCACAACUAUGAAAACAUUAUUGGCCGUACCCAUGACAAAGAAUCCCAGUCUAUAGCCAUCAAACUAUUCAUGUGUUUGAUUCAAAGAAUGUCUAGCACACUCCCUGUUCAUGGUUGCUGCCAGUGGUAUGGCUGCAGGUUCCUACAUAACAUUACCUUCAAGUAUAUCUUAUGAUUUCAAUGGUUUUCGUUUUACUUACAUUUCCUCUUAGUGAUGUAUGUGAUCAGAGGCAUAAAGCUUCUCUUUGCCCAGAACCUUUGUACUGGAUUAUAACCAAACCCAGAAUACUUGGCUUGACGGCGAGCCCCAGAAGCACAGCUCUUACACCAGACACAAGUAUAUGUUGCCUUAACUGGGAGUCAGAUAUCAGCUGCAUAUACACAUAUAUGUUUAUGUGAGCUAUUGAUCUAGUUAUAUUUAGUCUUAUAUCAUUCAUAAAAAAAUAAAUCAUGGAAACACUGGAUCAAUUCUACAAGAGAGCUCCUUCCUUUUAAAAGCGCCACCAUUGAUGCCUCUCUGUAAGGAGGUAAAUACGCACAUACCUUUUACGAUCAUCAUCUUCAGACACACAGACUUAAGUGCAAGAUUCUCGACUUCUUGAAACACUGAAGUUACUUACUCUAUUCUUGGUCACUUGAAGUUUUGAUGAGAAUGAUUGAUGUAGGAAAAUCAUUUUAGUUAUUUUCAUAAAAGUAGAUUAUUAUCAUUUGGUAUGAUUGAUUAUAUUACUGAUUGUAGCUCAUCAUUUUCUGUAUAUCAUAAAUAGGUAAACACACACACACACACACACACACACACACAUAGUAUUGAGGAAUUAAUUGAAUACAAAAUUAAAGUCAACCUAUUAGUCAAAACCCGUCACAUUUCACUACAUUUAUUUUUAAUGAAAAUAAAUUUAUGAAUUCACGCAAAGGUCAAGUUUCCAAAUAUUUUCUGCAUCAUGAUCAACCGGCCUCUGCUCAGCUGUCCUGAGAGCAAGUCAACAUUGGUGAUAAAAUGUGUUGUAAUCAUUCCAAAGAAGCACAAAAUUAAUAUUCUUUUUCCUUUAAAUCAAAUGUUCCCAUGCAUGAUCAGUAGCUACAAUCAUGAGCUUUGCUUCAUCAUAAGUAUUUUCCUGAUCUGUCAGGGCUGACUCUAUGCAUACAGCUAACAGGGCACUAAUGCACACUCACAGUGUAUUCCCAUGGGCAGCAAGCUAGGAAGGUUUGCAUGCAAAUAACAUAAUUAUUCAAAACAAUAGCCUGGAAGGAUAGAUAGCCUUUACAGUAAUUUACAGAGAAAAUAUUGAUUUCUAUUGGAUCAAAUAAUUCUUAGACAGAAGAGUAUUUUGUGCAGGACAGAUUACUAGCCACUACACUAUGGAAACACGCUAAAGACUUCUAACAUACCAUGAUGUGUAUGCAGCCAAGUAAGAAGUCCAGAAUCCCUGUCCUUCAUAUUAUGAGUGGCCUGAAGCACAGCCUUCAGUGAGUCUUCAGUCUGUAUGAAUCACCCUAAUGUUUGUAAGCCAUUGAAUGAUUAUGAUGAAUAGAAAACAAAAUGUUGAAGAAAAAGACAAAUUUUUACCAACUUCUGUGUGGCAUAAAAACAACUGUGCAGUUAUGUUAUGUGUGGAAAUAAUGCAUUAUAUAUUAUUUUGGUGCAAAUGAUAUUGCUUGUAGCCACCCUUCUUGUAGAACACUUUUCCAAGGAUUGUGAGAGCUACGCACAAGUAUCGCUCUAACAGACUCUAAAAGACUCCUUUUUUAGUCUCUCCCUGACCUCUGGAUCUCACUGCCUGGCAUAACUUUUCAAAACAACAUUCCAUACCUGUCGCCAGUAUUUGCUUUUGGUUAUGUGAAAUACAUUCAUUCUCCUAAGAGUCCCCUACACUUUAAAAAGGCAUUAAGAACAUACGUCUGUACUUCCCGAGUGCUUCACGUUUCUACGACAGUAAUACUUUUAUAACAGUAUUCUUAUAACACCAGUGACUCCACACCCAACAGUCACUGGCCACCAUUCUUGUGUGAUUAACAGCGAAGAUUAUUUGUAUGUAUUUAUAUUUAUAUUGUACAAACUAGACAUGCUAUUUUAGUAGGAAAUCAUUAAUGUGAUGUUAAGUGGACCAAAAUACGGUAUAUUGUUGGGGCGAGUGGUGACGGCCGCCCUCCCACACCUCACGGUACCCUUGGCUUUCAUUGCACACAACCUGAAUUUGUUGUUAGCUAGGAGAGAAAAUAUAAUGUUAUCUAAUUUGCAACAUUGUUUGAAAUAUAAAUAUAUAAAUAUAUAUAUGUACCUUGUAUAUGGCAAACCAAAUUCUGUAUAUAUCAUAUAGUACAAGUAUAUUUGACGUUACAAUAAAAUAAUUUAUUUGA